UGACGGCCGUCCAGUGCAAGAACAUCCCCGAUUACCUCAACGACAGGACGGUGCUGGAGAAGCACUUCGGCCAGUUCGUCAAAGUCCGACGGAUCAUGACCAGGCGCAAUAAAAAAAUGGCCAUUCUCCACUUUUUUGAUCAUGCCUCUGCAGCUCUCGCCAGAAAAAAAGCAAAAGAUUUGCACAAAGACAUAGUAACCUUCUGGCACAAGAAGAAAACGAGUCCAGCAAAGAGAGACUUUUCAUCUGAGCAGAAAGCAGGUGAAGAUGAAGGCAGACAAAGCACUGAGGAGCAAAACUAUCAGCAUUCCCCUCUUCGAAAACCUCUAAUAAGAUCCUCUGCCAGCAGUGUUGUGCCUGGCAAAAGUUCUCUGGCAAAGAAGCCUGGGCUUCGAAAGGCGCUGCAGUUUGAAGCAGAUGCUCUUGAUUCCAGUGCUGAAGGGCAGAACUCAGAGGCCUUGGGAGCUUCUCUGUCCUCUCUGGCUAACCUGGUGGGGUUGGUGGCUGAGACAUCUGAAGAAAGAUACCGUCUUCUGGACCAAAGGGACAAAAUCAUGAGGCAAGUUCGAAUAAAAAGGACCAAUCUUGGCAAAGCAAAAACUGUUGUUGGCACUUGCCCAGACAUGUGUCCUGAAAAGGAACGUUACAUGAGGGAGACAAGAAACCAGCUCAGUGUCUUUGAACUGCUUCUGGGGUCUGACAAGGUAGAUCAUGCAGCAGCAGUCAAGGAAUAUAGCAGGUCUUCAGCAGAUCAGGAGGAACCUUUGCCCCACGAAUUGAGACCCUCUGAGGUGUUGAGCAUGACCAUGGACUAUUUGGUGACCAACAUCAUGGAUCAAGGAGAAGGGAACUACCGAGAGUGGUAUGACUUUGUCUGGAACAGAACUCGUGGAAUUAGAAAGGAUAUAACCCAGCAGCACCUCUGCAACCCUCUGAUGGUGUCUCUGAUUGAGAAGUGCACUCGCUUUCAUAUCCAUUGUGCCCACCACUUGUGUGAAGAGCCCAUGUCCUCCUUCGAUGCCAAAAUCAACAACGAGAACAUGACCAAGUGUCUGCAGAGCUUGAAGGAGAUGUAUCAGGACCUGGCUAACAAGGGCAUUUACUGCAAGAGUGAAGCAGAGUUCAGAGGUUAUCAUGUCUUGCUGAACCUCAACAAGGGUGAUAUUCUCAGAGAGGUGCAGCAGUUUCAGUCAGAGGUCAGAAACUCCCCUGAGGUCAGAUUUGCAGUUCAAGCUUUCGCCGCCUUGAACAGCAACAACUUUGUGAGGUUUUUCAAGCUAGUGCAAGCAGCUUCCUACCUGAAUGCCUGUCUCUUACACUGUUACUUCAACCAGAUUCGUAAAGAUGCUCUCAAAUCCCUCAACAUUGCCUACACUGUCAGCACCCAGAGGUGCACAGUGUUUCCCCUGGAUCACCUGGUCCGCAUGCUGCUCUUCAAAGACAGUGAAGAAGCCACUGAUUUCAUCAGUUACUAUGGCCUGAGUGUGUCUGAUGGGUGAGUGCCAGGCAAAGGGAGCUCGUGCCUUGUGCCUGCUGGGGUUAGGGGACCGCGCAAAUCCACCUUCGUCAGCCAGAAGCUGCUGGUCUCCGUGGGGGAGGUGGUCAACGGGGGGCCCCUGCCCGUGGUGCCUCACCACGUGCCCAUGUCCAGCUUCAACGGGCAGAACAAGUACACAGGAGGAAGCAACUCCGUGGAGCAAGCUGGGAGCAGCCAAAAAUCCAGCGUGGAAGCGACGGAAGGAAGAGUGGAAAGCAAAGCUGUGGAUUUAGAUGCCUCAGGAGCAAGAGUCCAGCCCCCAGCUCAUCUUCUCCCCUCACUGCUGCCUCGCCAGCUUGUGCCAGCCCUGCCUCCUGCACAGGCAACCUCCCAACCUGCUGGGCAGCCUGAGCCACUCUCAAAGCCUCAGCCUCUCUACCCAGACACAGACGUCGCCGAGGUGGUGGACGGGCUGGUGCACGACGUGCUGGAAGCAGAGUGCAGAGAAGUCAGCAGAGCAGGAGAAGCUUACGUGGCUGUGGCCAUCUGCACCUCGGAGGCUGCCGUGGAGGAGCUGGUGGCUGAGGUGACAGGGGAGAUCCUCAGAGAAGCAGCUGGGAGCGUGCUCAGCGCGGAGCGGGAGCGCCUCAGGGAGGAGAGGCGCAGGGUGGAGGAGGAGAGGCAAAAACAGGAAAGAGAGCAGUUAAUAAAGCAGCUGAGCCAGCUGGUGGGUAUGGAGUUGGUGGAAGAAGUGAUAAAGGAGAGCGUCCAAGAAGCUUCAGCCAGUGAGCUCAAGUGUGCUGUAGAAAGAGACCAGCAGGCUCGCAUUGCCAGGUGCUCAGAAGAAGCCUGUGGCCAGGUCAUGGACCUCUUCCUGGAGGAUGAGAUUUUCCAGAUUGCCAAGGAAACCCUUCAGGAGCUGCAGUGUUUCUGCAAGUACUUGCAAAGGUGA